GGGAGGAGAAGAAGGAGGAAGGGGAGGAGAAAGAGGCAGGGCAGGAUGUGAAGGAGACAGUGGUAGGGAUGGUGCUGGUGGCAUCCUGGGCAUGACAAGAGCUGGCUGCCCCAACUUGGGGGAAGGAGGAACACGUUAGCAUCUUUGUAUUCUAAGCAGCCCAGCUCCUACAGCGUAAGCCAAAGUUCAGACCCUGGUCCACAUUGCCCCGGCCUCCGCCCCUUCCCGUUCUCCUCUUCUGUCUCCCCCUCCCCGCCUCCCUGCUGGUGCGGCCACACGGAGAGAUCAGGUGCCGACGGAGAAGGAGGCGGAACAUCAGCAUCAGCACCAGCUCCAGCGCAGCCGCAGAGAGGACGGAGGCAGAGCCAGAGCCAGAGCCGGCCUGAACUAGUGAUCCCGGCGAGGGCGGGGCGUGGACUGAAGCGAAGCCGCUUCCCGGGCGUGGCGUGUGAGGUGAGAAAGCAGCCGCCCCACCGCUGGUCCACUUAGGAGCCCGUGAGCGCGUAGAGAGCAACAUGUCAGCGCCGGCGGCCAAAGUCAGCAAAAAGGAGCUCGCCGCCAACCUCCACGAAGCCCUUGAGACCUCGGAAACACAGCUACAAGAAGCAGUCGAACGAAUCGAUGAAGUGCAGAGUGAAAUAGACAAGCUGAAUGAGCGAGCCAGUGUGGAAAUUUUGAAAGUGGAACAGAACUAUAACCAGCUCCGCCAGCCUUUCUUCCGGAAGAGGUCCGAGUGGAUCACCAAAAUACCGGACUUCUGGGCGACCACCCUUCUCAGCCACCCUCAGUUAUCCUCGCUGCUUGGGGAGGAAGAUGAGGAAGCCCUGCAUCACUUGACUAGGAUUGAAGUGAUAGAAUUCGAAGACGUGAAAUCGGGUUACAGAAUAGAUUUUUAUUUUGAUGAAAACCCUUACUUUGAAAAUAAAGUGAUCUCCAAAGAGUUUCACCUUGAUGGAAGUGGGGAUCUCGCUUCAAAGUCAACUGAAAUCCAUUGGAAAUCUGGAAAGGACUUGACCAAGCGCCGGAAAAAGAUCCAGACUAAAGAUGGCCGCAAAAGGUUUCGAGAAGACAGCUUUUUCACUUGGUUCUCAGACCAUACCGAUGCUGGGGCAGAUGAGUUAGGAGAGGUCAUCAAAGAUGAUAUCUGGUUAAAUCCCUUACAGUACUACCUGGCAUCUGAUACCGAUAAUGAAGAAGGGGAAGAAGAAGGAGAUGAGGAAGAAGAUUUGGAGGACAGUGUUGGUGAUGAAGAGGAAAGUGAAGAAGAGGAAGAUGAUGGGGAACAUGAUGAUGAAGGAGAAGAUGGAGGGGAGAAUACAGGCCAAAAUGACUAAUAGAACAUUGAUGGAUUCCAAAACUCCUUUUAGCUUUAAAAAAUGUCUCCAGUUCCUGGGUGCAAGUUUCAGUCUUUUUAUUUUCAUUUCGUGUGCAGUCACCUUGUUCUCUUGAGGGUUCUUUGUUUCCUCAUACCAUAGUUCACAACUUUCUUGUUUCUGGGGGCACAGGGAAUACUUUGAGCAGAAUGCAGUGGGACAAAUCUCCACCAUUGUCUCUUCCAAAUUCAUGUUCACCCUUCUCUGUCCCAAAACAAACUAUUAAUAAAUUCAUAGGAUUUUCAUAUUUAUAAA